GGCCAAGUCUCUGACUCCACAGCGGGAACAGCUUCACAACCACGAGUCCACGACAAGUCCCGAUUCCGUGAUGAUCGCGAUAUCUCCAAUCACGGUUCACCCUGCAGGUAAGGGUCAUGAUGGUUGGAGUCAAAGGAUUGGGGGCUACUAAUCUCUUCUGGCCACGCGAGCGUGAAUCUCAUUUUCUGCAGGGUUGACUUCAAGGGUUGGAGCUGGACCCUCUCCCCCCCUCUUCCCCACCUGCCCUAAUAGCUUAUUCAGGCCCGUUGGCGGUUGGGGAUGUAUCCCGACCAUCACUAUGCACCGGUACUAUAUAUAGAGGGGGAUAUCCACCCGAUGGUAGACAGAUCUACAGACCAAAAUUUUGAGUUCUCAACGUCCUCGACACUAGAAGUCCAAAGAUGUCACAAGCAGAGAUGAUGCCGAGUGCCUGGACCCUGGACCCCGCCGUGAUGCUAGACUACCUCUCCCUCCUCAAUGCAUCGUCCUUAUCAUUAUCACCGCCGUCCCCUUCCUUACAAUCCCGAUGUUCCAGCCCCUCACAAGCAUCUACGGUCCUCGACCCGACAAGCCCAACCCACUCCUCCACCGAUGAUGAAUACAACACUGCACUCCACAACCACCCCGCCACACCAAAGAAACAACCCACGAACCCCCGGCGCAAACGCGGCCGGCCGAGGAUGCUCGACAAGACCACGGGGGAAGUCGACGACGCAGCCACGAAAGAGCCUAACUCCCGAGCCCCCAACCAGCGCCGCAAAAUCCAAAUCCGCGUGGCGCAGCGCGCCUACCGCUCCCGCCAGCAGGAGCGCACCGCCCUGCUCACGCGGCAGGUGCACGAGCUGGAGCAGAAGCUGCUCAUUGCCCGGAACAUCUACCUCAACACGCACGCGGCGGCGGUGAUGGGGUGUGUGGUAGACCCAACCGGAUCGGAUCGGAGCAGCAAUAGCCACAGCCACAGCCACAGCCACAGCAGCAGCAGCAGCAGCAGCAGUGGGGGGUACUCGCGGGUCCUGCAGGAGAAUCUCCGGCUGUUGCUGGCGAUUACGGAGGUGGGUGGUGCCGCAGACGGGAAGGAUGCGACGGGGUCCGAGGGGGAGGGGGAGGAGGUUGGGUGUGGUGGAGGACGACAGUUCGAAUCGCUGGACGGCAUGAGGGUGCGGGCACGGGCAUGGGCACGGGCACCGUAUCCGCUCUACCCGGGCCAUGGGAAUGGGCUGUUGCCGUCGACGCCGGGGGGGUUGUUGCCGGGGAGUAAGCAGGAAAAGGCGGGAGCAGAAAAAAGGUGUGGCACUAGCCUGGCUGGUGUGGCGGUAGCGGAUGUGGUGUUCCGGUAG